GGAUUACAGGGAAAAGCGGAUUAUUCUCAGCGUCUUGCUCGAGUGGAAGGCUGAUAUUAGGAGAUGAUAUCUGGGUCGAGCAAUUUACUUCAUCUCGGAGGCAGAUAAUGAAGAUCACAGAGGAGAGAAACUGAUGUGAUGGCCCCUUUUUAAAGUCAGUUUAUAUUUUUAUUUGUCUCUCUUCACCGUGUUCAGCCGCACCGAAGACAUUAGAGGUGACAUUGGACUGUUUUGACUACAGCCCUCUGAAAUCUCUGCGGUUACAUCUUGGAUAGUUUCCCCUCUCUUAUGCAAUGACCCAAACAUUCCUCCAUCUUUCACCCUGCCCUUCUAAAUUCUCAACCCCCCUCCUCCGAAUCUCUUCCUUCUCACCGAUUUCAUUUCAGUUCUAUUCCUCCUUUAUUUGUGCUGGAGCAACAUCACAUAUUUUCCUCUGUGUCCUCCGCCCAAGGCCCCUCCUCUCCCACCCACCCCACUUUCUAAUUGGGUUUCAUUACGAUUUCCUUUCAUUUUUUUUUUUUUUUUUUUUCUCCCCAGUCAGACUUUCUGGUCGGGAGGAACAGCUUUCGGUGGUUUCUCUUCGAUGCACACAAACAUCAGCGGCUACCAAAGACUCCACAACAUCAUCCGUCCAUCUGUCCGCCCAGCUAGAAGACAACAAGAUCCCUCCCAGUCUGUGCACUGGUCAGCCCGGCAUCCCCGGCUCUCCUGGAGUCCACGGCAGCCCCGGUCAGCCGGGGAGAGAUGGGAGGGACGGACGGGAUGCCGCUCCGGGGGAGAAAGGAGAGAAGGGGGACAGAGGAGACCAAGGCGAAACAGGAGCGCGAGGUCUGACUGGAGACAGAGGCGACCCUGGAGCGAAGGGGGAGAGGGGUCAGCCAGGAGAGUGUGCAGUGGCACCCAAAUCAGCCUUCAGCGCCAAGCUGUCUCAGGGCCUCACCUUACCCCUCAACGUGGGAGACGCAGUCUGCUUCGACAAUGCCAUGAUCAACGAGCAGGGCGACUACAACACGGAGACGGGACGCUUCACCUGCAAGGUGCCUGGAGUCUACUACUUCUCCGUCCACGCCACCGUCUACCGCGCCAGCCUGCAGUUCGACAUAAUGAAGAACGGCCACGCGGUGGCGUCUUACUUUCAGUUUUACGGCAACUGGCCCAAGCCUGCAUCCCUGUCAGGCGGCACCCUGCUCCACCUCGUCCCUGGCGACCAGGUGUGGGUCCAGAUGGCCCUCUCCGAGUACAACGGAUUUUACUCCAGCACCAAGACAGACAGCACCUUCACCGGCUUCCUGGUGUACUCAGACUGGAAAAACUCCGCAGUGUUUGCAUGAAAUGUGCUUAUGAACAAAACAAAGCCAGAGGCAACUGAUUGAAAUGAACCUUUUUUGUUUAUUCUACUUUGUAAUUGAGACAUUCUGGAUAGAGGCGAGUCAAUGGGCCGCAACUUUGCACAGCUGUAUUUCAGUAUUACAUUAAAAAAAAACACACACACAAAAAAAAAAAACAGACAAUGUUACUAGAAUAGCACACAGUGUACUGGUGAAGUGUGAGGUACAUUCACUCUCUGUUUAUUCUGUGUCUGUUCUUCACUUGCAGCCUUUAAGCUGUUGUGACGGUUCAUUCUUGUAACAGAUGUUGUGACAGUGGCUGACCAGCCUGCACCAGGCCGCAAAUUCAAACAGCUUUCAUAUUUUGUAGUUGUUUCCUAUCAGUGUCUAAACAGGCUAACAUGAGCUAACAUUUACACUUUAACCCUCAGGCAACCAGAGAGACAUUUUUGUCCAUUUGGGCAAAGUUUUCCUCUUCAUUUGGCUGCCAUUUUGGCUGUGUUAGUGCAUAUGGCACAUUUUUUUGUGAUCGCUGCACAAAUCUUGAAAUUCAGGGGGAAAAAAAAAAGUCUAAAAUGUCCAAAAACUGCUAUAAAAGCGGAUUCAUGUUUUUUUAUGCAUAAAUCUCUUAAACUGCUUUGCAAAGUUUUUAUAAAACUACCACAGAUUCAGUCAUUUUGAGGACCCUUUAAAUGCCACUUUGAUUACUUGACGUCACUGUUGUUUUUACAAGAGAGAAAAAAAACAAAAGCUAUUUUCCAUAAAACUAAUGUUGUGUGGCUGGGGCAGUUUUUCUGAUCAGUCUUGGGUAUGACCAAGAUUAUCUAAAAUAUUGACUUGAUUGGAUUAUUAUUUUUUUGUAGCAUCAGAUUUAUAAUUGACUACCCUCUUGUAACCCAUUGACUUCCAUUAUAAUUACAUUUAUUGAUCUCUCAGCCAUGGCACAAUAAAGUCAUUCACUCUGGAAUAUUAGGGUUAUAUAUGAGAAAAAUGUCCAAAUUUGUCCCCACAGAUGGAUGGCAUAUGUUUGGAAAUCAGGUUGAAUGAGAAUCAGUUUGGUCACUUUCACUCCUUUAACUUCAAACAGGGCUGUCGAGCCACUUCCUGGUGACAUGGAUCAUAGGAUCAGAUCCUUCACUUCAUUUCACUUCACGUCCAAAAGUACCAAUAAAACACUAAAGUAAAAAUACUCAUCGGGCUUCUAUUCAAAGUACAAGUACAGGGAGUCAUGAGAAAAAUAUGUAGUAAAAGUCCUUCAGUAAAAAGUGUCAUAUUAUGACAUGAAUCAAUGCAAGAUCCAGAGCCAGUUUCCUUUUUUUUAGACACAAAUUUAAUCUGCCCCCUCUGCAGGUGAAUGUGGACUAUCACUCUUUCCUCGUCUCUUCCAUUUUCCCAUGCUUUUCAAAAUAAAUCCAUUGAUUUUCGAUUGAUAUUUCACCACUUCCUCUGAGCCAAUCAUUCUCUCGUCAUUCUCUCGUUGUGCUUUGUCACUCACUUCGAGUCACUGUCACUCCAUCUGCAUCCCUCCUCUUCUCCAUCUCCACCCCUCUGUCCCCAUAAAGUCUUAAUCAUUGGUCUCCGCCCGCUUACUUCAUGUGCCAUAUGUCUUAUCACCAGAGCUUUUGCUACAUUAAUGAAUUUUUCUCUUUACUUCCAGGUGAAUCUCAGUGAAAAAAACUAUGUUGCACUGUGCUUUAUGAGCAGCGUGUGUGUAACGCUUUAACCUUAAAAGUUAAAUAAACGUAUUGGCGGGAGACUGCUGCGUUUCACUGUAUUAGCGUGGAGCCGUAAAAGGCUGUAAGAGCUGCAUGCGACUGAAAUAUAAAUAAAUGCAAUUUGUUACUUUCCA